GCGGACGUUGGAGUUGAACCGCUCCAGAGUCGAGUCGUCCCUUCGUCGGCCCAGGACCUAGAUCCCGUCCUGGGAAUAACGCGCGGAGAUCUCGGGAUCACGGACGAUUUAUUCUCAUCGCGAUCGCGAUCUCGAGUGAGCGAGCGAGCGAGCGAUCACGAUAUAUAUCGAGUUUUCGCUCGCGUCUUUCAAAGACGGACAGGGCGCGAAAAACUAGGGCGAAAGUACCCAAUUAUUACGGACUAUAUAGCGUCGUGUUUACAUUUUCCUAAGAGAAAUAUCAGGGUACCCCGAAGUUGACGGAGAAACCGGGGAGUCUUAAUUAGGUCCGCUGUGUGAAACGAGAUAAUCAUCUCGCUCGACGAUCGAUCCUAUGUCAGUGCCCUAUUCUUCGCAUUUCGUGACUCGAUCGUGCUCUUUAUAUAUACAUAUAUUUUUUUGUGACUCAUCGUGUCAAUGUUCCGCGCGUUAAUAACGGCGAUCAGGCCGAUUCUGAUCUCGUCUCUUUUAAUAAUCUCGCGGAUGAAUUAGAGAUCCGUCGUUGAGAGACGGUCUUAAUUCGAUUUUAAUCUCAGGUGCAGUGAAGACCCGCGAUUUUUAUACCGAGCGCGAUCGUUGAUAUCUUUUCGCGUGCUUAAUUAUUCAAUAUUAAUUAAAUUCAAAGUGCGACAAGCCCUCAAGCGGGAUGCGAUUAUUCGUGACGACGACUCCCACGAGUCGCUACUAGGACUUUGCGAGAGUGCGUGCAAAUUUUAUGAGUCGCGUGUCGUCGACUCCUCGUACUUGAUUUAAGCCUCCAAGAGGCAAUGUGCGAAAUUCGCAUCGCGAAUGUCGACGGUGACGAAGAGUCGUUCGUCGUUAUCGCUCAUGUGAAAGCAACAUGCAUCCUUUUGGCAGCUUUUCGGCAACAGAAACCAUGGCAAAUGUCGAUCGGCCGCACAGCAGCGUGAACGCGAAGACGUGACCGACUCGCGGAUGAGAAGACGGAUCAUGACGGCGAUUAGUCGAUCGUAAGUGAUGAUCGUGAGAUCGAGCGAGCGGCCUGAGGAGGUACCACACGAAUAAUCGCGAAGCGACAACGGGGCGGGGUGGACACGAUGGGAUCCCUGCCGAAUCUUCAUGAGCUGUCCAAGGAGAAGCUGGAGAGCCCGGUGUACAAACCGGCGCCGAUCGGCGGUCUUGGUCCGGUGCGAUUGCCGGCGCAGCCUCCGCCGUUGGCGCACACGCAUAAGCGCGCGAGAAGCAGCGGACAUCAUCAUUCUACUCUCUGCGACAACGAUGCUAUGCUGGAGCACAUGGCAGCAUAUUCGCCGAUCUCCUGCCGGUCCACACGCACAUCGGCAUUGUCGUGGCGACGUCGAGACUCGAUGAACUCUUCGGCGGGUGCGUCAUCGGUGCGCCGGCUGAUCGCGGCGGUCCGGGCGGCCCCAGCUGGACCCCGGCCACCACGUAAGGCCGUGUUACGACACAUCGCGGCUCUACUGCUCGGCCACGCGAGCUGCUCGGCCGCCACGCUGCCCAUCUUCCCGUUGCAGGCUGGUUUAGGCGCGUUCGAGCCGCAUCUGGGUCCGGUGCUCCUGGCGCAGCUCUACAUGAUGGCAACCGCCACCAGCUGUUUCGCGCCCAUCGUCGUGCAGCGACUCGGCACGAAUCUCGCCAUCACCGCGAGCCACGUGGUCACCGCAAUCUUCGUCGGCGUGCACUUGUACCCCAAAUGGUACAUACUCGCACCCAGCUACGCGAUGCUAGGAUGCUGCGCCAGCUCGAGCUUUUUAGCGAGGACGUCACACGUCAACGUAUCCGCGACCAGCCUGGCGAUGGUUUGCGUCGACCCUGAAGAUCCGGAUGAGACGCGGCGCGAAUGUCUGUUAAGAAGGCUCAACCGGGGAAUCAAACUGGCCGAAGACAUCGGUCUCGCAAUCGGUUGCCUCAUCGCCACGAUCCUCGUUAGGGUAACAAAUCUGAUGCCGUCUGGCGUAAUGAACAGCGACAUAGGGGAUGUCUGCGGAGCCGAGUACUGUUCGGAGGAAAUGUACCUUUACAACGAAACGUUUUACGAGCCGACGAUUACGCCGGGAAUGUCGAGGGUCCUCGUCAGCAUCUGGCUCGGUCUGGCAGUGCUCGGUCUAGGCAUAUCCUGCGCGUUUCUCGACUCCAGGCUGCAGGAGCCUCAGGCAAACCAGGAUCGCACCAGCGUCAAGGAUAUCCUCAAGUCCGUAAAAUGCGCCUUUCAGGAUCCGAAGCUUCAGCUCGCGGCACCGCUCACGCUCUUCAUCGGAUUGGAACAAGGUUUCAUCUACGCCGAUUUUAUGGAGGCGUAUGUGGUGUGCACCUCGGGUGACGCCGGCACAGUCGCCUUAAAUUUCCUGAGCUUGGCUCUGCUGCAAGCUCUCGCCGCCGUGACACUCUCGAUGCUGUUGAGGCAGAUUAAAAGGUACUAUGUUGUGGUCGUGGGUUUCGCUUUCCACGCUUGUCUCCUGCUGGUCCUGGUCACUUGGAGACCGACAGGAGACGACCCGGCUCUCUUCCAUGUCAUAUCAGCUGCCUGGGGAGUUUGUAAUUCCAUUUGGGAGACCUUGAUAUACACGCUGGUGAUGGGCCUCUAUCCGAACGCGUGGCAAGGACCGCUGUCGACGUCGCUCUUCUGGCGUUGGCUCGGACUGACCCUGGCGCUCAGCCUCCAUGGAGCGGUGUGCACCCGUUAUCGCGUGCUGGGCCUCGCCGCGACCCUGGUCCUGGCGGUGGUGCCGUACCUCUGGCUGGAGGGUCGUCUAGCCCGGCGGGGUAAAACCCUGGCGCCCUUAUGACCAGGCGACUCGACGGCCAGCGAGCGAGGGUCCACCAGCGUCGAGACAGCGACGGCGACCGACGUCAGACACCGGGGGGACUGAGAGCGAGCCGUUCCGUCCGGCCGCGCGGCGAGAUCGUGGACGGGGAUCGUGACAGGUAGACGCGGUAGCCACAGAAGCAGCAGCCUGAUGACGCAGCUGCAGGAGCAGCAGACGCAGCAGGGCCGGGACAGUGGGUCGACCAAGGUCAAGACGCGACGCAGGGCGAACAGCGUCGCGUUCGCCUGCCGCACUGAUUACGGCCUGCCUGACGACAGCGACGACGACAGUCCGCCGAAGAAUCCGUUGUUCCUCGUCGCACCGGAAGCGGAACGUCGUAGAAGCGCUACCGACGGUACCGAGGGAGCGAAGGAGCGCGCCAAGAUCUUCACUCUUUCGUGAGGAAGACGUCUUUCGCCUGCGAUAGUGCUUAAGACUUCGCCUCCGAAGAAGCCUCGUCGGUCCAUGUAAUAGCUAUACUCUAAGCGUUGUGAUGUUCUAACGCGCUGUGCUGGAUAACGUGUCGAGAAAGAGGUCUUUCCGAGGAGCUUUCGGACCGUAUAUAAUCGUCCUUCGACCGGUCUCAAAGGAUUCUCAAUAAAGAAAAUGAAAGAGAAUUCUCUUCGUGAUACGAGAGAAAUUUCUUCCAACUUGUGUGUUUACGGUCGAAGGGAUGAGAUUAAUCGUGGAAACACGUAAUUCACACAUACAUACGCGAUCGAUACACUGAUAUCCAGCGCAUCUCGUGUGAGCACAGAGUAUUGCAGCUAUUGCAGUGCCCUAUUUAAUACUCGAUUCGGAAGAGAGAAAGAGAGAGAGAGAGAGGUGAUUCUCUCUCUUUCUCUUUCCCUUGCGAAUUUGGAGCGAGGACGGCAACGAUCGAUAGGCGCUUUAAAGCUCUCUCCAGGCGCGUUUAAGCCGCGAUUAAUGAGGAUAUCUCUUCCAAAGCUGGAUGGAACGGUUGUGUAUACGGACACUAAUACAUACACGUGUGUGUGUGUAUAUACACAUAUACAUACAUACAUACACGCUUUUUCCCCGCUACGGUGCGAUCGAUGCACACGACUGAAUAGCGGGAAAACGACAUGCAUACAUACAUAUACGUAUGUACAUAAAUCUACAUAUAUCGUAUUCUAAUAUCGAGCGUACCGUUUUGUAUCACUCGAACGAAUCGCCGUUUGACGUAACGAAACGUCGAGAUGUACCUGAUGUCUUUCAAGCCAAGCUACAUAAAGUAUAAACGGAAUCGCUUCGCGCGAGACACCCGAUAUAUAUGUAUAUACACAUAUAUAUAUAUAUAUAUAUAUGUGUGUGUGUGUGUGUACAUAUAUAUACAUAUAUAUACCUCCCUAUUUAUCGUAGAUGCUCGUAUACAAGCCUUACGGGCGUAUCGAUUUUUUUGAGCGAACGACUCUUGUCAUUUUAUAUACCGAUCAUACUCGAAAUAAUGCGCAAAUAAGUGACGCAGCUGACUCGGCAACAAAGUCGAAUGCGAAUCGACAUCUACAGUGAAUCCAAGCGCUGUUAAGGAUUUAAAUAUAUACAUACAUAUAUAUAUAUAUAUAUAUAUAUAUAUAUA